AAAGAAGUAAGCAGAGCGCUCUGAAUCGUUCCGACAGAAACCCUAACCAAAAUUCCGCGGCGGUGCGAUCAAAAUCUCCGGGAACCAAUGGCCAAUCUCCGAGGACUCCUAACCUACUGCCAACGCUCCUUCACUCAAUCCAUGCUCAAACCUCCGAACAACCUCCUCAGUCAAACCCAAACCAGACACAUCACGACGACGCUCGCCAAACCCGCGGCGUCGUCGAAACACAGCGGCACGGAGCAAGGGGUGAAGCGAAACGGCGCCGAUCACAGGCGCAGGCUGCUCGCGGCGAGGUUCGAGCUGAGGAGGAAGCUCUACAAGGCCUUCUGCAAAGAUCCGGAGCUUCCCGUCGAAAUGCGGGAGAAGAAUCGGUACAAGCUGUCGAAGCUGCCGAGGAACAGCGCGUUCACGAGGAUAAGGAACAGGUGCGUGUUCACGGGUCGGUCUAGGUCCGUUACGGAGCUGUUUAGGAUGUCUCGGAUC